GCGAUUGCGCGUGCGAGAUAAAUUGUCGUAUCUGUUCAACUCUGUAGCAAAAUCUCGAACCUAAAGGAAAAGGCCCCUUUCUGAGAGCGUCGCUGUGAGCAGUUUAAAAUGCCGUCCAAUCAUAGGAAGAAGAAGCAUCGUAAACAUAAAAAGCACUCGCAAGAGUCUGGCGAUCAUGAGGAUGACAACGAUGAGGAUUCAUCCACAGACAAACCCACCACUGCACCAAACGUAGAGCAGAACAACAACAAGCCUUACAUCGUUAAAUAUUCGGAUGUUUACGGCCGUUAUCUAGUCGCUUCUCGAAGUUUGAGCGCAGGAGAGAAAAUAAUCGAGGUCGAACCGCUUGCGAUCGGACCCUGGGCUGAGAGUGAUCCCGUGUGUCUCGGAUGCCAUAAACCCUUUAAGAAAAAUUGUAGAAUUGUUCGGUGCACAGAGUGCAGUUGGAGAAUAUGUACCGAAAACUGUAGCGGUCUCGCACCCAAUAAAACCCACAAAAGACUGGAAUGUAAACCGCUCAAAGAACACAACGUAGCGAAACUGCAGGAAACUUGUACAAGUCAGCAACUGAAGCUAAUGUACGAGGCAAUUUUUGCACUUCGCUGUUUGCUGCUGAAACAAGCGGAUCCCGAACGCUAUGCCCAGCUUCUGGAAAUGGAUCCUUUGAACAGUGUGCGUCAGGGAAUCACCUCCCUUUGGAAGCGCAACCAGGAGGUAAUCGUUCGACGAAUACGUGACGAAUGGAAUUUCCUCGAAUUUACCGAAGAAGAAAUUCACACAAUAUGCGGUAUAAUUGAAGUGAAUUCCUUCCAGAUUGGCCAGAGCGACGUUCACGCAAGGGCCCUAUAUCCGGAAGCUUUCUAUAUUAUGCACGAUUGCACGCCGAAUACGACGCACACUGACGAUCCGGAAACGGGCGUACUUUCGAUACGCCUUACGAAAAGUCUCAAAGUUAACGAUCCUAUCACGCUGUCAUACUCGUAUACGCUGCAAGGAACUCUAAAACGAAGACAACAUCUACGCGAUAGUAAAUUUUUCUGGUGCCAGUGUAAGCGCUGCGCUGACCCAACGGAGUUCGGAACCCACUGUAGCACACUGAAAUGUUCUAAAUGUUCAAUAGGGCUGGUCUUAUCCACAAACCCGCUCGAUCAAGAUGCGAAUUGGAAAUGCCAAUCGUGUUCAAAUACUACCACGGCAGCAAAUAUUGUACAUCUUCUGGACAAACUGUUCACAGAGGUUGACGCAAUCGACGGAAACAGUGCCGAACUUUACGAAAAGUUCAUAAAGAAACACAGCCACAUCUUACACGAUAACCACUAUCUCUUCCUUUCGGCAAAGCAUUCCCUCUGUCAGCUUUACGGGAAAGUGUCGGGCUUUUUAAUACAUGAAAUGAGCCUACAGCAAAUCGAACAAAAGGAAACCCUCUGUCGGGAUCUCCUGGCCGUCGUCGAUAAGUACGAACCGGGACUUAGUCGUUUGCGGGGUGUUAUCAUGUACGAACUGCACGCCCCUGUCAUGGUCCAAGCGAAACACCUGUUUGAAGCGCAUCAAAUCAACACCAGCCAGCUGAAGCGAAAGCUAGCCGAAGUCCUGCAACUGCUGAAGCAAAGCGCUGAAAUAUUGCUGUUCGAGCCGGCCGGAACACCCGAAUUUGAUAUGGGACUGGCCGCACGUGAUGCCGUCAAACAGAUGGAAAACUGA